AUGGCCUCUGCUCGCGACAUCCUCGAAGAACUGCAUCUUCUCAAGUGCUCUCUUCUCCCCGGAGAAAUCCUCUCUUUUACAGAGGCAUCGCCCGUCUGGGAAACACUGCUCGAGACUUACUCUUUUGACCCGGACGCCGAGCUUCCCCUUGUGGACCAUGCCGUUCAAUUCGAAGUGAAGGCAGAAGACAGCGACGUCUGGUUCGGAGUUCAGCUGCUGCCUGGGUACAAGGAGGAGGGAGUCACGCCUGUCGUCUCGGUCAAGGGCGAUAAUUUGGGGCGGGCAGAACAAGAGCGGUGGCAAGCUGUGGUCGCCGAAGCAAUAGAAGAAGUUACAGGUAGUGAAUACACUCUCUACGAGUUGAUAUCCACUCACCUCCUACCGCGGCUACACGCGGACUCGGGCACCCAACGGACAGUGGUGCCUUCUGAUAAAUCCACCUCCACCGAGCCAGCUUCUGCCCCACCACCCACUUCCAGCCCGCGAUACCACGCCCUCUUCACGUCGCACCACCUCAAGUCCCCUCAGAAGCGACGCUCUCUAUCACAAUGGUCGCACGAGCUCUCCUUGACGGGGUUCGCCAAGGUGGGCUAUCCUGGGGUGAUAUACUGCGAGGGCUCCAGGGAGGACAUCGAAGACUUCGUCUCCCGCGUGAAGAGCAUGCAGUGGCUCGCGCUCAGGCUACGCUUCGUGGAACCUAUUCCUCAGACAGGGAACCCCGAUACCAGGGAAUGGUCAGAGUUCGAGAAGGUGGGCGAGGUGGUGGAAGAGAUGAGGCGACGCGGAAGGGAGAGUUUCGUUGUCGAGAUAGGUAUCGGGAGUGCCGGGGCCUCAUCCGCAGUCUCAAAAUAG